UAUUUUAUGAUCCGAAUAUGGACAAUAAAGAUGCGCUUUGGGUUUUAGAAAAGAGAAAAGAAAUGGCUGGCUCUUCUAAUUACAUAAGUUCUGUUGUUUUAAGUAACUCUGAUGCUGUUUUAAACUGUCCUUCAUGCCUUUGUUUAAUAUCACUGGAUUGUCAAAGGCACGAGAAAUACAAAACACAAUAUCGAGCUAUGUUUGUUUUAAAUUGUACUAUAGUAUUAAGAGAAACUCUUCGGUUUACACCUAAAGGAAAGAAAGAAAUAACUGACUCCAAUAAAGAUAGCAACAAACUCUUUGCGAAGACCAAAAACCUACAAGUCGACGAAUACCAUCCCGUUCGUUGUUCUCUCUGCCAUACUGAAGUAGGAAUUUAUGAUUGGGAAGAGGUUUACCACUUUUUUAAUGUUCUUGCAAGUGAACCAUAAACUUUUGUCUGCCUCGUACGUUAUUGUGGAUCAGCCGCAAGUAAUUUUAUUGAACACAGAUUGUUAUAAAUAUGUUGCUG